AUGGCUGAUAGGACUGAAUUGGAUAAAGAAGUAUGCGGUCUACUGGAAAAGAAAUGGACUUCAGUCAUCAGAUUACAGAAAAAGGUGAUGGAAUUAGAAUCAAAACUGAAUGAGGCAAAAGAAGAGAUUACUUUAGGUGGACCAGUUGGACAGAAGCGAGACCCCAAAGAAUGGAUUCCCCGUCCUCCUGAGAGAUACGCCCUGAGCGGUCACAGGAGUCCUGUCACCAGAGUCAUUUUCCAUCCUGUUUUCAGCGUCAUAGUUUCUGCCUCAGAGGGCGCUUACGAUAAAGGUGAGGUAUGGGACUAUGAAACGGGCGACUUUGAGCGGACCCUAAAGGGCCACACAGACUCUGUGCAGGACAUCUCCUUUGAUCAUACUGGAAAGCUGCUAGCCUCCUGUUCAGCGGACAUGACCAUUAAGCUGUGGGACUUCCAGGGCUUCGAGUGUAUCAGGACAAUGCACGGGCAUGACCAUAAUGUUUCAUCUGUAGCUAUUAUGCCCAAUGGAGAUCAUAUAGUUUCUGCCUCAAGAGAUAAAACCAUUAAAAUGUGGGAGGUGGCCACUGGGUACUGUGUCAAAACAUUCACCGGUCACAGAGAGUGGGUUCGCAUGGUGCGGCCCAACCAAGACGGGACCCUGAUCGCUAGUAGUUCUAAUGACCAGACGGUGCGUGUUUGGGUGGUGGCCACAAAAGAAUGCAAGGCAGAGCUACGUGAGCAUGAGCAUGUUGUGGAGUGCAUUUCUUGGGCCCCUGAAAGCGCCCAUCCUACCAUCCUUGAGGCAACUGGCUCAGAGACCAAGAAGAGCGGGAAACCUGGUCCUUUCCUGUUGUCUGGUUCCAGAGACAAGACUAUCAAGAUGUGGGAUGUGAGCACUGGCAUGUGCCUUAUGACACUGGUUGGCCACGAUAACUGGGUCCGUGGGGUUCUUGUGCACCCUGGAGGAAAGUUCAUCGUGAGCUGUGCUGAUGACAAGACUUUGAGGAUCUGGGACUACAAAAACAAGCGCUGCAUGAAGACCUUGAGUGCCCAUGAACAUUUUGUCACCUCUCUGGAUUUCCACAAAUCGGCUCCAUACGUCGUCACCGGGAGCGUAGAUCAAACAGUAAAAGUGUGGGAGUGUCGCUGAUCGUACCCACAGGACCCUUCACAACACCUACAUGCUCCCCUCCACCCCACCCCCCGGACCCAUUCCACUUCCUCCUCAGCUUCCUCCUGCUCUUCUGGAUGCACUUGAACACCACGGUUAUCACCCACCAAGCUCCGGUUCAAUAACAUGUCCUUUUAUGUAAAUUAUUCUGGAUGUAGAUCGAGCUAUUAAAUGGAGAAAAAAAAAAAAAAGUAUUCUUGCAUGGUGAAUCCAAAACUGUAUACUGUAAAUUUACAUAAUGUUGUCUAGAAGUACCAUAGGUUUAACACAGGCUGAUCUUUCACUCAGCCUGACCUACCGAAGGCAGAAGCUGACUGGGUUAAAUGUAGGGCACUAAACUGAUAAUUUAAUGACAGUGUCUGAUUUAUUUUGUCUAUAAUUUUUUUUUUAAUUAUAUUUAGUUUUUUUUCCCCCACUGUCUUAGUCUGUUUGUGCCUAGCUUGGAGACCUUUUUAAGGGGCAAAGGCUACAGAACGAACCUAUAAUGCUGAGGUGGAGAGUUGAUCUGAUUGUCUAUGGGGCUUGUUAUCGAAGUUAUUCUGUAGCUUUGUUACAUCACUUCUGGAGUGUACUUAUCAUUCUCUUCUUGUGGAUUUAGAUAACAUUUAAUGGUUGCAUCUAAGAACGUUUCAUGUGUUUUGUCUGGAAACCUUUGGGAAUAAAUCUUUGUACGCUUGUCAUGACAUGUCCUACUGAGAAGUACAAUCCCAGAGAGAUGACUUUACACUGUAAGAGAGAAUUGUGCUUAAUUAUAGGAGUGAUUUUUGUAUGAAACUCCCGCAUCCAAAAAGCCAUGCUGCAUAGUGGGCGGCAAGAGUGUUUUUUGUUUUUGUUUGUUUUGAUUUUUUUUUUUUUUGCCCUGAAUCAAAGAUAGCUUUAGUGAAGAUUUUGAUUUUUGACCUCGGUGGUCAGUUGAGUCUGUCUACUCAGGAGCACUUCAAACUUACAAGCACCGUAAACUUUGCCUCUACGAAGCACUUGAUUUGACCCUCAACGUUUGUUGUUUGCAUUCAGAUGAAGGCGUCCUAAUUCUUCCUUUUGUUGUUUAAUGAUCCCGUUGCCCCUAUGGCAGUUACGCUGAGAUUUGAUUCACUAAAGACAUGCAGAAAUCACAACCCUCAGUUUGGACCUAAAGUGCAAAGCAUGACAAGGGCUCAAAGUUUCCUCUCAUCAGGGGGAUGUGCAAAAAUCUGUCCUAAAAGAAUGGGUGCAAAGAUUUCCAUGGUGAAAAAAAUGGAACGAUGGGCUACGCUCGAUCUUAUAAAAUACCUGUGAGUUGUGGAGCUACAAACUAAUGAUCUGCUUGUCCUCUCUGAGAAGAGUCCUGAUGGUGACUCCUAUUGUAAAGGGAUCUUCAUACUGUGGACCAUAGCUGAAUAUCCCUAAAAUAACCACAGGUGCUCAAGCCAUUACUUUAGUGUGACGAGUGGCACAUUCUCUGCUAUAGCUCUUAAUAAAUGUACAAAUGAAUACACAAUGGGGAAAAGAUUUGAUAUAUAAUCCUACACAUGGAGAUAAACCAUUCCAUAUCUUUUAAGGAGAAAAUAUGCCUUUGUGCGAAGACAAAAGAAAUUGAAUUUAAUUGCACAUCCCUGCUAUUGUUAGAUCUUCGGUCACAUCGGACUGAAGGUUUUAAGUGAUGUAAGGCUUCAAAAUGCAUAAACGGAUAUCAUUUUAAUUAGCCUUUUCAUUCCAAUGCAAUUAUAUAAUAAAGAAUUCACUGCUUAACCAUGCUAUUAUCAAGCAAUUUCCUGUUGUGUGUGUACUGGAUGUACCUACUGCUGCUGAAAAUCUGAUAGUGACUAGUCUGAGAUCUGUACCUGUCCACAUAGCACUGCUGCAUGUAACCGUACUGAAGAUUGAGCUGUCUGGUGGGGAGCAAUUGGCCGUGCUUGAUGUCCAAAGUGUCAUCUUUUAGAAAAUACGCUGCGCCAUGAUUGGUUGAUGGAGCUAGACACCCUACCAGAUAGGUCAGCUGGCAUGCUAACCGUGGGCCGCUCAGUACAUGGUUGUAGAGGCCGAUCUGUGUGUGCUUGUAUGAACGAAGAUGACUUUGUUUCGCUAUGGGAUUGUGGCAGACUGAGCAACCCAAGGGAGAAGUGCCCAUAACAAGAAAAAGCACCAAUGAUGCCUCCUUUAGUUUCUUGAUUUAGAUGCUCUUGAAUGCUCACAGAAAUAGAUUUAAAUGUACUGGAGCUGUAAACCUAAACCAAAAAAGUGGGUAAUCUUAAGUUAUGCUUAAUCUCAUCAUUUGUAAUUUAAACGCGUAUUUAGUGCAUUGUCCAGAGUUUAUUACCCUUCACGAGCAGCGCUACUCCCUUAUGAUUGGCUUUCCUCCAAACCUUAAAAAAAAAGGUCUUUCUUGGUUUGACAAUGAUGGUGUCCUGUUUUAUGUGUCCAGAGGAGAGAGUUUGCCAUUCGCAGGUCCCAAGCAAUCCCACUGCUGCACACGCUGGAUGGGUUCUUGUACAGACAGACUCGUGGAGGUCCUGUCUGUAGGUCCAUCCUCCAGCCACAGAUCUAUCAUCAGCUGUUUCUUUGUGAAUAGAUUGGAGGCUUCAGACUUCACAGCUUGAAUGGGACUCUUUGCUUUUUAUGGUAUCACUGUUCACACAGCCAAUUGUUAACAAUAUAUCUGGAUGUUAUUGUUUGCAACAUAAUUAAAGAAAAAAUAUGAA